AUCAAAACCCACCCUAUUCAUAAUCUGUCUUCCAAAGACAUGGCAAGACUCUGCUUUUUCAUAUGGGUUCUCUCUUUUCCCAUUCUCCACAUGGCCGCCAAGGCUGCAGCUUCCAGCCCAACAGACUUCAUUGUAGCCUCAUGCAAGAGCACUCGCUAUCCUCCUGUGUGUGUUCAGUCCCUCUCAGGCUAUGCCGGUCAGAUUCAAAAGAGUGAGCACCAACUAGCUCAAACCGCCUUGAACGUGAGCCUAUCCAAGGCUAAAUCCGCUUCAACCUUUGUGGCCAAGAUGGCUAAAGUGGAGGGGAUCAAGCCCAGAGAGUACCAAGCUGUUAGAGACUGCAUAGACACCAUGGCCGACAGCGUGGACAGGCUGAGUCAGUCCAUAAAGGAACUUCGCCAGAUGGGGCAAACCGCGGGUCAGGACUUCAUGUGGCACAUGAGCAACGUUCAGACAUGGGCCAGUGCUGCUCUCACUGACGAGAACACUUGUCUUGAUGGCUUUGCAGGGCAUCAAAUGGAUGGAAAUGUCAAGAACUCAAUUAGGCGCAACAUCGUCAAGGUUGCUCAGGUGACUAGCAAUGCCCUCGCAUUAGUUAAUCGCUUUGCAGAAAAACAACGGCCUGCAGGGGGUGCCGAGAAUCCUUAGUUUCAGCAUAGAAAAAUUCCUGCUUUCUAUGUAUAGAUCAAUGUUGGGUUUGCCUGUCUAGCUUUUGCCUUGAAUAUUUGGUCUCAGACCCUCAGCUUGCUGUGUGCUAUGUGUACUUGUAAAAUAUAUAUAUUAAGCUAAAGUUUGUGUUUUGUGUGUAAUAUUCCCAAGUUUUGGUAAAAUAUAUGGAAUUAAGCGUG